AUGAAAAAAGUGAGUGCAAGAUGGGUACCGAAACUUCUUUCAGCGGUACAGAGACAGGAAAGAGUGCGCUGCGCUUCGGAGUUUUUGGAUCUUUGUGGCGAAAAUCCAAAGACUGUGAUCGAGCGGCUAGUGACUGGUGAUGAAACUAUGAUCUUGUAUGAAACAUGUUGCCGCUCGGCUAGUCCCAAAAUACCUGAAUUUUCUCCAAAAACUGUAUCCCAUAAGAAUUGCUGA